CGGACCAGGACCCGGUGCCGAGCACAGCGCCAAAUGCGGAAGAGUCCGUCCCUCCUAAUAAUGUAAUAAACUCUUGUGAAUGCUGCUCAUAUGAUGCUAUUUGCCUGUGAAGCUGCAGCAAACUGGUGAAUCUGUAAAAUGCCUCAAAAAGUUCUCAAGUGUGUAAUUCAACUUGAAAUCCACGCGGUUACCUGCCCGGGUGUGAUAUUACCAAGGAAAGAUGAUGUGUACCUCAGUGUUUGUAUCCUUGGUCAGUACUGGAAAACAAAGUGUGUUAUUCCAGUUUUCCCUCUGCUUAUUCAUGAAAAGCUGCAAUUUGAAAAGGUGUUUGGGAAAGAUAUUGUUGAUCCUGCUGAUGUUGCUGCGUUCUUAGAAUGUGAUAACACAAAGUUUGAAUUAAUACAGUUCACUCCUUCAGUGAACGAAACAUUAGCAAACUAUGAAGAUAAUACUAGAAAUUUCUUAUUCCCUGAACCCAAGUUAACUCCUUCAUACCCUGGAGUGGAUAGAGAAGUACUGAUGAAACGAUGUUCAACAGUUUUUAGCCUUACUCGAAAGGAUCAUGUCGUCAAGGAAGCUAAAGCAGAAAAUGCUGGAAAACUUAGCAGAUAA